CAGUCUUCAGCAGCUUCAUCGUGGCCACCCUGGAAUCCAGCGAAUGAAGGCGAUUGCCAGGUCUUAUGUUUAUUGGCCAACUCUCGAUAACGACAUUGUUGAUUAUGUUAAAUCCUGCCAUCAAUGUGCGAUGGCUGCAAAAACACCACCGAAGUCAGCGCCUUUGUCUUGGCCUAAAUCAACAAAACCGUGGCAGCGUGUACAUCUUGACUAUGCUGGACCGAUCGACGGGGAAUACUACUUGGUCGUCGUGGAUUCUUUUUCGAAGUGGCCUGAGAUUGUGCAGACUCGCAGCAUCACUACAGCCGCUACAAUCAAAAUCAUCAGAGAACUGUUCGCACGCUUGGGAAUGCCAGAGACACUAGUGAGCGACAACGGCUCACAGUUCACCAGUGCAGAAUUUCAAUCCUACUGUACGGAUAACGGUAUCGAGCAUCUCACAACUGCGCCGUUUCACCCACAAUCGAACGGUCAAGCUGAGCGGUUUGUGGAUACAUUCAAACGGUCAAUAAAGAAGAUUAAGGAGGGGAGAGCGACAAUGCGUGAAGCACUCAGUACAUUUUUGCUGACUUACCGGAGCACACCUUGUUUUUCUUCUCCGGAUGGAAAAUCGCCAGCAGAAGUCAUGUUCGGUCGUCCGAUCCGUACCAGUUUGGAUCUACUCCGUCCUCCACCAGAUUCUGUGCAGUUUGAACAGCCUAGCGAGAGCCGACCCUUGAAGCGUGAGUUCAAAGCUAAAGAUCCGGUAUACGCAAAAGUCUUCGUUAAAAAUCAAUGGCACUGGGCUUCAGGAACAGUACUGGAACGUAUAGGUCGUGUAAUGUACAACGUUCAGCUCGACAAUAGAAGGCUUGUUCGCUCCCAUGUUAACCAGCUUCGAGAUCGCGCUAUAUCGGAGGAUCUCAACGUAUCGACAUCGACAGAUAGUACGAAACUUCCACUCAACAUUCUACUUGAUGCUUGGAAUCUUCCGGUUCGUCGUACAACGGAUCCAUUAGCACACUCAACACCAGUAGCACCUCUUACAAGCUGCUCUAGUUUGAGACCAUCGUCAACACCAAAUACUCUGGUGAGAAGGCCUACCUUAUCAUCGGAGUCAUCGUCACAGUUAUCAGUAUCGUCUUCUUCAUCUUCAACAUCGCCAAGUUCGACAUCAGAAUUUCAAUCUGCAAAUGAAGCCGAUUCAGCUGUUCAGGUACCUCGCCGCUCUUCGCGUGUCCGAAGAGCUCCGCAAUGGUUCGACCCCUAUCAGCUGUAUUAGGAGGGGAGAUGUUGGAGACGUGGACAUCCCUACAACUCAACAGGAAUUGCUGGGCUCACUGGUGGCAGCCCGCCUGUCACUCAGUUGAUGCACCGAACAGCGUCCAGUCAGUCAUCAGUCAGUCCGUUGAGCACAUGCUCUUUUAUUUUAACCUUUCGUUAUUAAAAGUAUUUUAUGUAGUCCGUACGCGAGUGUCUUUUUAUUUGAUCAACAAGACUCCUGACCUGCCCGCGCACAGGGCUACAACAUUUAGUAGGGUGGGGGAUUCUUUUUCAUGACAAGUUUCGUUUUCAACCAUUAAGUCGAUUGCGUCGCUUAAUGUAUCAAAUUUGCCGGCUCUUAACAUCAUUCUAGUUUCUUGAUUGCGUGCGCCCUUUAUUAAAGCUUGUAUACCUGCUUUCUUUGCUUUAUUUUUAGCUCUUUCACCCGGAAAGGCUUCUCGGAUGUAUGC